CUUUCAAAAGCCGGCCAGCCUGCAGCCGUCUCGCUCAGCCAGUCUGCUCAUUGGCUGCUGCCAGGCUAUGAGGUCAUCAGUGCGUACUAUAAGAGCUCUGGGAGCGACAUCCUAUGCUAGUGAGCUUCAUGUGUUUCAAAGUAGAGUGCAGCGCAACAGUGAGGGAGCGCGCGAGAGAGAGAGAGCGGAGACUAAUGGUGACACAGAUAAGUGGGUAGAUAGGCUACAUUACUGAACCAAAGCCGUAUUUAACUUUAGGGGUCAGAAGAGGACAAUAAGAAAAUAUUUAUUUCUUCUUAUUUUUAUCUGCUUUUUCCUUACUUUGACAUGCUGAAUAUAUUUAGUUCCUACCACUUUUGACCGACACCGACAGCUUCCUGUUUUCUGACUUCUUAUGCCAAUCUCACCAUGGGAAGCACAGAGGCGCAGGGCAUAUCCAGCAGCAGCACAUGGCUGAACACCUCCUCCUCGGACCCUGGUGCACUGCGGUACAGCGAGGUGGAGAUGGUGUUGCUGGGCGCGGUGAUGUCUCUGCUGGUCCUGGGCAUCGUUUUCGGGAACGUGUUGGUCAUCACCGCCAUUGCCCGCUUCCAGAGGCUGCAGACGGUCACCAACUGCUUCAUCACCUCCCUGGCCUGUGCCGACCUGGUGAUGGGACUAGUGGUGGUGCCCUUUGGGGCCUGUUACAUUAUCUUCAAGACCUGGCACUUCGGAAACUUCUGGUGCCAAUUCUGGACUGCCGUAGACGUGCUGUGCGUCACGGCGAGCAUAGAGACACUGUGUGUGAUCGCCCUGGACCGCUACCUGGCCAUCACAACGCCCUUGAGGUACCAAUCCUUGCUCACCAAGUGCAAGGCCCGCUUUAUAGUUCUGCUGGUGUGGGCUGUGGCUGGUCUUAUUUCCUUCUUGCCCAUCCUCAUGGAAUGGUACGCCUCUGAUGACGAAGUGGCUAAAGAUUGCCUCAAGAUCCCCGCCUGCUGCGAAUUCUACACCAAACCAGCCUACGCCAUCACGUCCUCCAUCAUCUCCUUCUACAUCCCCCUAGUGAUCAUGGUGUUCGUCUACAGCCGCGUCUUCCAGGAGGCCAAGAAGCAGCUGAAGAAAAUAGACAGGUGCGAGGGACGCUUUCAUGUGCAGAAUAACAAUUUGGCUCUGGAGAACCACAAUGGUGAAACGAGGAACUGGAAGAAGCCUAGGUUCUGCCUGAAGGAGCACAAGGCAUUGAAGACCCUGGGCAUCAUCAUGGGCAUCUUCACCCUCUGCUGGUUGCCCUUCUUCGUGCUCAAUAUAGUGGCGGCCCUUAAGAAGUUUGAUAAUAUUGAUCUGACCUACAAGAUCUUGAACUGGAUAGGAUACGCUAACUCUGCGUUCAAUCCCCUGAUUUACUGCAGGAGCCCAGAGUUCCGCUAUGCCUUCCAAGAGAUCCUCUGCUUGCGGAGGCCCCCUUUCCACAAACUGGGACCCCCUAAUGGAUACUUUUACAGUGGGCACAAGUGGCAGGUGGACGCACAGCUGAGAAACAAGGGUAACUUGGAGGAAUACGACGUGUCUGAGACCAUGCUGGAGGCGGGCUGUGAUUCUGCAGAUGCAAGAGACUCGAAUGGGAACUGCAGCAAAGCCCUGGUCAACAGCAUGUAAGCCCCGGGUAGAGAGAGCCCUCACUUUGCCUGUCGUUUAUGGGAGUCUGUCUUCUCCUUCUGGUAAGGAGGCAGGGCUGACAAACAGGCUUCAUUGCAUUUAGAUCAUUAACUUGACUUACAUAUCCAGGCUAGCCUAGUCAUGCGGAUCCCGAUAAGUAUGGGAAACAGCAGUUUUCCAGUGUGUUCAUCUACCUCAUCAUAUUUUAUUUGUACAUGUAAAAAUCAUUCACUUAAUGGAAGUUGGCAUACAGGUCCUGUUCUCUGUUAGCCAAAAAAAAAACGAAUAUCAAUGUCAUAUGGUUGUUACCCAAGGUCGCUUGUUUAAUUACACGUUGAUUUACGCGAGCUGUGCAGGACGACUAAUUUUGAGGACGGGAUGUGAAACAGGAUGUGAAAUGGAAUGAACCGAAGGAGCUCUGCGUUCGCGCUCCGCUUUCCCGGCAUCCGUUUAUGAAACAUUCCGUGUGAAGGCAGGUUUCACCGAGCACAGGGGCCAUCUGUGAGCCUCCCUGAAAAGAAGGAACUGAACACUUUGAGGAGAAGUGACAGGUGUGGACGGGAGUGUGCGCCGCUGCCAGCAAUGCGACAGCAGCGAGCUGCACGUUCCUUGCAGCGCCCUGCGCGUGUGACCAGCAGCGGUGUUUAUACGCCACUGCCUAAAAUCGGACUAGCUGAGCACUCUGCACAUGAUACUGGCAAGGCUGUCCCUACAAAUGCCUGUCACGUUAAAAGGUUAAGAAUAAGAUAUCAGCUUUCAUCAGAGUUUUAUGGCCCUUCCUGCAGGGAGCCCCGAGCGGCUGGUCGCGGCUGCAGAGACCCCGACCGCGGCUGAGCUGCGCUGCCAGUGCAGGGCUCACUGCCAGAGCUGGAGUAACAACGUUAAUGGAGAUUAUCUCCGGCUUUCUCUAUACUUUCUUAAGGGAAAAUCGCCUUUAAUUGAAAUAUUCGCUAAGAGUCACUGCUACCUAGGUUCAAUGGGGAGAUGUGUGUGCGGUGUUUCAAGUCAACGUUAUGGUAAUAAUUUCGGAAAUGUAACUGUGAAGUAACACGUGACAUUGAAAAAACAGCAGCUUAAAAUAUAAAGUCCGUGCCAUUUGACUUUCUCUUUGUAUGUCCUAAACAGAGCCUCCUCCCGAUAGACUCAAAUACUUCAGUCUGUUUGGUCUCUCGCCCUCAGCUUCGGUGGAGCACAAACUGGUAAUUCCCCCUCCCACCCCACUGUUACUGGGAGUCUGCGUUUAGGGAACUAUACUGCACAAUUGCGGUUAGGGCAGACAGUAGACGCCUCACGUCCAGCUCAGGUUGAAAGAGCCCAUCCCAGGGCAGUGGACUCUGCUUUAUGAAAUCAGCGACGUGUUUAUCUCUGCAUGCAAAGUUCUUUUCAGUGCACCAUUCAAAACUGUGAACCAUUACCUUUCAAAAAGAAAUGUAUACUGUGUAUAUAUAUAUAUAUAUGUAUAUAUAUAUGUAUGUCACUGUGUCUUCGAUGAUCCCUCUGUGCUUAUGUCCACAUAAAGUGUAAAUUCCGUGACUUUGCAUUACGUUCCUGGGUAUUCUGAAUGUCUAUCUCUUUCCGUCAGAUACGGAUAUCUGUCUCGUUGUCACUCGUACUGUUCCAAGGUUCAUCACUCUGUGGUGAACGGGUAAAAAAAAAGGGAAUGUUUAACCAACAAAAAAGCUUUGCUCAGCUGUUACAGAAAUGCAUACUGCAUGCAACUUAUUUGUAGGUUGACUAUUUACUAAAUGAAUGCUGAAGAGCAGUGGCUCCCGGCUCCUGUGUUUGUGCGGCAUGCUCUUCUUCUUGCACAUGUCUUAUGAAGCACUUUGGACAAAAUAUGGACAAGCGGACAAAAAUAAAGUACUCUGAAACGUCUGUUCAUGCUGCCAUCUGCUGGUAGUGUCACCUUCUGCGGCUUAAUGUGAUGUGACUUCUCAGAGACAUUCUGCAAGAUGUGGCACUUCUUCUGCCUCAGACGCUGCCUACCCACCCCGAGGGGGCCCAUGCCCAUGGCUGUCUUGUGGUGUUCCAGGAGGCCCCCCUCCCCCACCCAGCAGCCACUGGGCCCAGCCAGGUCUCCUUCAUCCUCACCGGUUGCCUUCCGAGCGUGAAGGUCAGUGUACUGACAUAUAGUCUCUCUAAUCAAUCAUUAACAGGCACAUCAGUGCCGGGGAGAUUGGUUCAAGCGGUGGUGCCUAAUGGGGAGCUGCCCGCAUCGACAGCAGCCCGGCAGGAUCAGCAGGGUGGGCUGCACCUGCAUGCCCCAGGGGGCCCAACCAAAAAGGAAGUGACAUAGGAGUGCGCAACCGGGGGCACAGGGCGAGGGUUUGACAGCCGCCGACCUGCACAGCAUGGAGGAGGGUCUCCCUGACCCUUCGGUUCGAUGUUUACGUUGUUAGUUAUUUACUUACGCACAAGAUGUCAUUUGAUUGUUAUUGUAUUUUGUUUAUCUGGUGAUGAUGUAAAAAGUCAGCUGUUCAAUGGUGAUUCUGGUAAGUGUUGGUUAAUAAAUAUUGUAUGUCAUGCAUGUCA